AUGGAAAUCAUUGGAAAAGUAGGUGAUUUGGGUAUUCAGAUGCUGUUGUUUGGUCGUUCAUUGUGCUCUAAAGGUGUGGUUUACUCUGGGCUCAAGGUGACAGGUUUCCCCUUGGUGAGAGCGUUUUCUCAGAGCUUUAAAAGCUUAGAAUAUGACAGAUUUAAUGAUGAAAGAUUUAAAAGUAAACAAAAUAAUAGAAAUGUUGGGAAAAAAGGAGGAAAAGAUACCAUGAAAGGUAGAGAAGAGAGAGGUUAUGAUAGAUUUAAUGAUGAAAGAUUCAAAGGUGUUGGUAAUAAUAGAUAUUUUGGAAGAAUUAGGGAAGAAGAUGCCAUGAAAGGUAGAGAAGAAAGAAGAAGGAGAUUUAAAGGGGAUCCUGAUGAUCCAGAUGCUCCUAAAAAGCGUGGACCUCAUAGAAGGAUUAUUGUUAGACCAAAUAGAUUACCACCAAGACCAACUAUUGAUGAAUCUGAAUUUACAGAAGUUUUCAUUAAAGGUGGUGGACCAGGUGGUCAAAAAAUUAACAAGACAAAUUCAAAAGUUCAAUUAAAACAUAUAGAAUAUGGUAUUGUUGUUGAUUGUCAAGAAACAAGAAGUCGUGAACAAAAUAGAAAAAUCGCUAGAGAGAAAUUAGCAUUAGAAGUUGAUGCUAUUAGAAACCCAAAAUUUAAUAGAAAAAUUGCAUUAGAAGCAUUUGAAAGGAAAAAAGCUAAAUUAGCUAGAGAGAAAACUGAAAGAUCAAGAGAAAAAAUGGAAAAAUUAAAGAGACAAAAAGAGGAAUUAGCUCAACGUGAAGAAGAAGCAAGACAAAUGUUUGUUGAUCCAGAAGUUGAUUAUGAAUUAUUAGAAUAUCAAACAAAAGAAGUUAGAGAUAAAAUCCUUGCUGAAAGUCGUGAGCGUAUGUUACGUAAAUUAGAAAUUGAAGAACAAGAACAACCUCUUGAAACUAUCAUAGCAGGUGUUGUUGGUCAAUUACCUGGACAUUCUAAAGAAGAUAGAAAACUAGAGAAAACUUUAAAACAAAGACGAAAGAAUUUAGAAAGAAAUCAUGAAGGACCAAUAUCUGAAGAAGAAUUAACAAAAGAAUUGGAAGAACAAGAUUUUGAACAGUUGAUUACAGGAUCUAAGAAAACAAAUAGAUCAAUGAAGACAUUCAUGUUGAGACCAGAUGAAGAUCAAAAUCCAAAAAAUAAAUGA